AAAUGCAACUCCAAAGAGUCACAUCUCACAACAGUCUCUCAACCACUGACACCAGUCUCUGCACUCUGAGUAAUACUGAGCCUACUGGAAUACUAAAGUCUCAACUUCUGCAAGAAUGGUCUUCACUGAGCUGAUAGCUGCCCUGCUGGCCUUUGUUCUCUUCACCACAACUGGUGCUGCACUGUCUACAGCCCAACCUGAGGGUCAAGGAGCUCUGGAUGAUGAUGUGACUCCUUUCCUACUGGUGGCUGCCUGGGGCUCAAUUCUGAGAAUUGAAAUAAAUGGCUCUACUGAUGCUCAAGUCAUUCAUUCCGACAAUGGAAUAAUUGCCGUGGAUUAUCACUACAGGAGGAAUUUGAUAUUCUACAUAAAAGACAACACGCCUGGACUCUUCUCCAUUCCCCUCUUGACUGAUGCUGGUGCUACAGGAGCAGUAGCUGCUCAGAGUUUAGGGGCCUCCCAAAUACUUAGUGACAGUCCAGUUGGUCUGGCUGUGGACUGGAUUAACGACAAAGUGUACUGGACGGAUAAGACAAGGAGAACACUCAAUAUGUAUGAUAUUGAAGCUCAGACUUCUGAAGUCAUCUUCCAGUUUGAAGGGAGUGAUCGACCUCAAGGUCUGAGCAUCUUCCCCUACACUGGCAAAGGGUGGCUAUUUGUGAUGGUCAAGACAGAUAUUCAUAACUCAAAAUUUAUGCGAAUCACAGACAAUGGCGCUCCAAAAACUCUCUUGUCUAAUAGUUUAUGUGCAUCUACAAACACCAUUGACCUCAAAAAGAGAAAGUUGUACUGGAUAGACGAAUGUAGCUCACUGUUAGAAGAAGCUGAACUAGAUGCUUCCUCACCAAAAACUAUGGUGGGUCCAGGUCAAAACGUCGGGUUCUCGUGGGGUCUUGGACAGUAUGGAGACGAGUGCUAUUAUACUCAAACAGAGAAAAUAUUCAGGAAUGGUAUUAACUCGAAUGAGACUCAACUGUAUAAUAAUGGACUACACACAACACUGUAUGGGCUGGUGGUCGUUCAUCCCUCUAAGCAACCACUUGCUAGUGAUCUGGUUGAAAUCGGACCUGAUACUUGCCACCCAUCUUGUGGCAAUGGCGUGUGUGUACCUCCAGGCACGUGCAGCUGUCAGCCAGGCUGGACAGGGGAGACCUGCAACCAAGCUGUGGACACCACUCAAGCUCCUCAGACCACUACUACCACCGAGGAGCCUACCACCACAGAGGAGCCUACCACUCUCUCACCAACUACACAACCGCCAACAACAACAACACAAGCAUCACCAACUACACAAACAUCAACUACUCAACCCUCAACGACCACACAAACGUCAACCAUCCUCGCAACCGAUCCCGAACCAGCAACUGAAAUCUCAUCAACUGUAUCUUCAUUUUCAUCUCCCACAACCACUUCUACCUCAUCAGUACCGAGUACUCUAGCGGCUACCACUCUCACCACAACCGAGAGCAAACCCACGACUUCAGUGCCUCUGGUUAAGGAAGUCUCUUCCACUGAACCCACCACCACCACUAAUCCAGAGGUAGCAACCACCGGGCCUGGAGGCAGUACAACACUGCCAACAAUGAGGCCUGUUGGUGGAUUAGAAGCAAUGCCUGAAGGGGCUCGUCCGUCAUCAAUGGCUUUGAUCAUCAUCGCCGUAUGCACUGUUGUGUUCCUGUUGAUCCUAGUGUUCUCUGGUGGCUACGUCUUCUUGGUCAUCUUCAGGUACCACCGAAGGAGAAGAGGAUCAUACGAUGUCAGAAAGCGUCGUAGAGAGAGUGCACUACUCUCCCCCACUUCACCAAAUUCCAACUAUCGAGGCUUUACAGAGUAUUACCCGACUGUGUUCGCAGGGGUAAGCGAGCAACCCAGUCGUCAAGGAACCAUAACUGGGUCGCUCAGUGUGGACAGUUUUGAGCGAAUGUCCAUCGGUAGUCCUUUGGUAGAUGUAGUAGUGCCGUGCACAGUUCAAAUGGCAGCUGGAGCUCAGCCAGUGGCAGCAGAUCAGCCAGUGGCAGCUGGAGCUCAGCCGAUGGAAUCGAUUCGGUUUGAAGUCACUGAGGCCGAGAUCCAACCACUUGCAGCUGCAACACCCGAGGUUGUUGUCGUGGGAACAAGUGAUUCGGAUUUAGCAACAAAUAGAAGGCAAAUUGAAAACGGAACUCUUUAUGCAACUGAACAGACAGAAUUGUAUUUCUCUUUGUAGUAUUACUUUAUAUCAUCGUUAAUUUUUGUCUUGUGUGCUGUUUUAUAUGUUUGAUGCAUAAUAUAUUUUGAGCACUCUAUAGAUAUUAAUAGUCA